CCUAAUGUAGCCGGAAACAGGAAGUGGACGGUCUCGCUAUAAACCAGCUCUGACCGCAGGAGAGAAAGAUGGCGGCGCCCUGUGAUCCUGAUCAGCUGGAGUUCGCUUUAGCGGUUCCGUUUCCGUCUCAGUGGGAAGCUUCUAUUGCUGUCCGGUCUCUGUCUCCUGAUCGCGAGCCCAGGAAAGGUGGAAUCACCCGAACUCUCAGUGUUACAGAAAACAUCCUGUCUGUGAAAUGGACGGCUGAUGAAGCUCGGGUUCUUCGCGUUGCCAUCGCCUCGUUUUUGGAUCACCUGGCGCUGGUCAUGGAAACUAUGGAUGCCUUUGGACAGUCUGUUCCACAGUGAGAGCACUGGGAGCACUGGGAGCACUUGAUGUGUUCUGUGUUGGCUGUAGCACAAUUUUUGUGGCUGGAAAAAAAGACAUCACAAAUCUGCAAAUUUCAUUCAUACAUGUUUAAAACCCAAUGUGCUAUCAUUAUAAUAUGAAUGACUUUAUUUCUAUAUUUUAUUUUUCUUUUCUGUCAACAAUAAACUUAUAACCAGUUCAGUUAUAUACAUGGUAUAUACCAGUAGUAAAAUACAUCAAAUUAUGUUUUCUGUUGUAAUAAUGUUUUACAUUUUCAACUAAAGUAUUAUAAAUGUAAAAGUUACAAUAAUAAAAUAUAAAACAAUAAUUCUCAAAUUCUCAGGUUUUAUAAAAAUCUCUCUUUUACAAUCACACAUAGUGAGAGAUAAAGCAAUAGUCUGUAGAUUGUACACAUUAUUUUAUGGAUUGUCAGGAACAAGAAUGUAGAGGUAACUUUUAUGUCAAUGUUUUGAGUAUUUGUAGCUACACCUCCAGCUUUUCCCCGUAUACCUGAGUGUUGUAUGUACCUGUGGUCGGUGGGCGUGGCCUUGUUUAAUACAAGGUAAUCUUCUGCUGUAAUUGUUAAGAAUUCUACAGGCUGUUCCUACUGACGAACUCUAUCGCUGGACUUACACUCUGUGAAGCUGCUUCCAAAUGUGAGGGUGAAAUAAAUUCAGGGGUUACAAUG